CGAAUUAUCGACGCCAGCUCGAUGGAGGAGUGAUUGGCCCUCAUACACACACAUACACACCCUGCAGCCCACAUGACAAGGGGAGCUCCCAACUCCUUUAGACCAGCCGUCCUUCUGUCACAUAUCAAGUCCGGAUCUCGCCCAUCCAGAUGUUACGAUGGCGGUUGACCCUAUUUCACCGAUCGCGCCGGCGCGCCUACGCACUCUACUGCUACCCAUAGGGAGAAUCAGGCGAUCGCGAUUUUUAGAACUUGUCGAACGGCUCCAGGCCCAAAAUGUGGUUCGGUUGGGAGACGUGAGUCCCGUCGGGCGCCCUAAUAGAAAUACAUUCUCUCCGCUGGCGUUCCCCUCUGGAAUGAUCAUCUACGAUUUGUCCACUUCGGUACCCCCGACCUCCCAUCUUGAUCUGUUCCCCUUCGAACCUUUCAGGGAACCCGUGGCCAUCUUAGCGAUUGCGGACGGGAAAGAGCUCGAACCCCCUGAGCCAGAUGAAUUGUCUCAGCAGAAAACCAACGGGGUAACAGGUCCCCCGCAUCCCAAACCUCCCGACCUUGACAGUCUCGUCGCGGAAUUGAGCGAACUGAAAGCAAACUAUCCUCACUCGCUUACACGGCAGUUGUUGAUAUUCGACUACAAAGGUGUCAAUAAGCUGGUCCCCGGGCCCGACAAUGUGAUGUGGAUACCCUCUCCAGCAGUGUCCCGAACGACAACCAUCAAAACUCUAAUGUGUGAUAUAUCCUCCCUAAUACUCAAAGAACUCGGCGAUUUUUCAGAGUCAAUGCAAGAAUGGCGAACCAUAGAUUCCCCCACGGCGUCUUCUUGGGGGCCGCGUCGAACACGUGACGUCCGGCCUACAGAUAAGCUCAAGCAUCGAAUGACUAUGCCUGCGCAAUUACCGUCACAGCCCAAUGCCCCUACCAGUCAUCAUUCAGAUACCGAACUCACUGCCCAUGCACGCGAGUCACCUACGACAUUUGACGAAAUAACUCGAUCGAUUCAACUCGCGAAUCGAGCAACGGCAGCUUUAAAAUCCAGCUCCAAACCCGGAUCUCAAGAACAUAGCCGCGAGCGCAUGUCCAUUCAUGGCCCUUCAAGUGUAAAUGAGCGCUCGAAAACCAGAUUCCACGCUCGUUUGAAAGUAGUGACUGGGUUACUGCAUCUUCAAGCAGGUAUCUGGCCUGAAGCUAUGAAAGAGCUUGUUGAGGGUGCGAUCGGCGCGAGGAGCGGAAGUGAUUAUAUUUGGCAUGCAAAAGCGCUAGAAAGUAUUUUGAUAUGUUUGCUGCUGUAUGGCUGGAUUGGCAUGGAUUUUCAGAUACCCCAGGUUUGUUUUCCAUCCAUCGACAAACCUACAACGAAGCCUCCCCCGACUCCUAGCCAUUCAGAGCCGAGUGCGACUUCAGAGUCCAGGGCGGCGUGUUUAAAAAGCUUGGCGAUUAUUCUUCCCGACAUUUCAAAUUAUAUUUUAAGUCUGUACAACCGAGCGACUAAUAUCACGGAUGAACCUCUACCUCAGUUUAUCUACUCCGAGACGACAAUAAGGCUCGCUAAAUUAUUAACGGUUGCUUACAAUCGAGACGGAUUCUUAGAUGAUAAUGCCUUAAAUCAUAUAGUAAUGGGCCUUCCUUUAGAAUCUGUUCAGUCUUCAGAUCGCCCACGGGGCUAUAUGGCGCUUCGCAAAACCGAGAUAGCGUCAUUUUUAUUCCAAGCUUUACCUCCAUCUCCUGCGACAGAGAUUCCCAUCACAGACUCUGUGCAGAUCCUUGUUGGCAUGGCAGCCGUUCUGUCACAGCUAGGGUUGGAAAGGAAACGAGGAUUUGUUUUGAGGGAACUUUUAACAGCUUCGAUCACUGGGCUUAUUCAAGCACGCAAAAUCGGAGCUGCUGAUGUGGGAAUACAUCCAGCGGCUGGCUUGUCUGCGCUUAACAAUGAAGCCUUCGACUUAAAUGCUUUGGAUGCCGGGUCUGGCAAUACUGAAGACAGUAUGAGAGGUCUGUUGGCUUUGGUCGCGUCACUAUAUGGCGCGCCAAGCGCAAUAAACGGGCAAAUUAAUCGGCCCGAUUCCAAAGACACCGAAGGUCAGCCCGGGUAUGAUUCUGUCGAGGCAAUAAUCGAAAGAGCCUUAAAUGAUAGUACUUUGGCAUCCUACGGGGAUACAUUACUCAAAGUUGACAUCUUCAAGGCUUGUAUUGAUUUUUGUGAGGCACUUCCAAAUUUUGAAGGGGUACUUCAGUUUACAGUUGGGCUUCUUCAGACCAUUAAGGGGAGCCCAAUGCUUGCACCAAAUGACAACAAUAUUCCUCCAAUUUUGGCACCCGAAGAGCAAGUCCGAUUUUACAACAAUGUUAAGCGUACUGUUGGGGCCGCCAACAGACUUGGGCACCCCGACAUGGAAGCCGAAUAUUGGGACGAUUUUAUGGUGCGAGACAUUGAAAUCCUAGAGAAUGCAGAUGUAAAACAGCCCGUACAGCGAUCAAAGAAAGAUUUCGGGAUGUCAGUUGUCAACGAAGAUCGUGGGAAUAAAGGUCCAUUCAUAUACAGUGCGUUUUCAAAGGCGCCAAUCGGCCGUUCGGAGUCGCUACUGGUUGCCGGCGAGCAAAGCGCGGUCAAAGUCGUUCUCCAAAACCCGUACGAAUUUGACAUUGAAAUCGAACGCCUCCGGUUAGAUGGGAGUGACGUGGAGUUUGAAGCGGAAACACAUGGCCUAUGGCUCCGACCGUUCUCCUUGGAAGAAAAAAUCAUUCCUUUGUUGGCAACAACAGAAGGGACUCUAAAGAUCACCGGCUGCAUUGCCAAAGUAAGAUUUUGCCGACAACGUCAUUUUCCGAUAUUCAAAAAGCUCUGGAAGCCAAGCUUCCAACCCAAGCUUAAGCGAACUGGAUUGGCAGCUAAAGAUCUAUCCUUCCAACGGCCCUUAUCUUGGGGUUCAAACGAAUCUGGAGGCGGACAUGUUCCUACGCAAGCUGGCCCUGAGCCUGACCACUUGCUCGUUAACGUCAUAAAGCAGCAGCCACUCUUAGAGAUCGAGUCUUCCUCAUUGCUACAAAAUGCCAUCAUGCUCCUCGAAGGUCAGACCAGCACCUUCGAUAUUACACUCCGCAACGUCACUUCGUGUCCCGUUGGUUUCAUAUUUUUCACUUUCCAGGAUUCCACGACUAGGCGGCUUCAAACCGCCAUCAGCAAUAAAGACAACCUUCCAGCCGAGGUUUACGAACUGGAAUAUCAACUUUCCGAAAUUCCGGCCUUACGAUGGAAGCGGCCCAUCGACGACAACGGGAAGAUCACAAUUGCCCCAAAAGAAACUUCAACGUUCACUAUUGAAGUCUUUGGAAAACCAGGAUUAAAUGACGCUGAAAUCCAAAUUGAUUAUGGAUACACCAGCGUAUCGUCGUCGGAAAUCCCAGAGACAUUUUACACGAGACAACUCAACUUUCCUCUCACCAUUACCGUUAACCCCAGUAUCGAACUUGUCCGUUGCGAUAUUCUACCGUUUAGUCCUGAUUUUGCAUGGUCAAAUAGACAUCGUCAUAAGUUUUCUGACACUAGCGCUAAAGGGGCACCGACCUCGACCGCGCCUCCCAGUCACUCAUCGAAAACCGAAUUUUCGAAGAUGCUAUCCCGAAUUGGAAUGGAGCCAUAUGGAUCGGAUCAUUGCCUGCUCCUGUUAGACCUACGGAACUCCUGGUCGAAUCCACUGACCGCAUCUAUCUCAGUCACAGAGAACAUUGACGAAAUCAAUAAUUCUCUAAGUACUGAACCAUCUGUGCAUGAAGUUGUAGAUGUUCUGCAAUCGGGCCGUACUACCCGUCUAGUUGUUCUCGUCCCACGAAUCUUUUUAGACAACCCUUGCAAGGCAAUCCCGAGUUUAGGGCAUGCAAACAAGCGCCAAUUUGUCGUAAGUGCGCGGAAAGUGUCGUAUGAGGCAGAGGUCGCUGGGAGAGAGGCGUUCUGGUUCCGCGAAGAGCUGCUCAAACGACUUUCUGGCACGUGGAAAGAGGAUAUGACCGGCCGAAAAGGCGCUAUUGGCUUACGUGGAAUUACGUUAAAUAGUGGAAUAGUUGAUGCUCUCCGCAUGGACGAUAUUGAAAUAACAUUCUCAGUACGUCAACCUAAAGAUGAGGCAAAGGGUCCGAGCAAUACUGCAGAGAGCGACUGUGAUUCUACAUCUACGGUGCAAACAGGGUAUUCGAAAUUCACCAUACCAACAAAUUCGUUCUUGACGCUGUUUGUUACAAUCUUCAACCGCUCUUCCAGGCCUGUACAUCCCCUCCUUCGUCUCGUUCCUAGCCUCCGUCAUCAACCAGACUCUGUCGCUUUGGAAUUAUCCAAACGGUUCUCCUGGACCGGUAUGCUCCAGCGAGCGCUCCCGAUCCUGGGCCCUAGGCAGACAACCGAAGCACGCCUAGGUAUAACGGCAUUCUGCCGCGGAGAAUAUGAGAUUGGAGCUCUUGUUGAAGAAGUUCGGCGACUCAAAGCAGCAUCUUCGACGGAAAGCUGCACAGAUGGGGAUGUAAGCGAAAAUAAUGACAACGGCGAUACGCCAAACCAUUCCGCCAGCGAACAAGAACGGGGUCUCUUCCUCGAAAACUUGGUUACCGAUGUGCCAAAUCAACGGCGCGUGUGGCACGCUAGAGCACCCUGUUUUCUAUCUGCUCGAGAUUAGAGUUGUGGGUAAACCCUGCUAUUUCCCGAGUCCUUCGCCUCUUCAUGCGUCCCUGGUUGGAUUUGGCGCUUUUAUGAAGGUGCACUCCACGCUCUGAGGGUAUCUGCCUGUUAAUUAGCAUGUCCUAAUGUUAUUUUCAUAGAAGAGUUCAUUUUAUUGCAAGGUGACAUCUCACUGCUCCCGUAUUAUCUCGUGA